AUGGGUGCGAAUAGAUGUGCGGACACGGGAGUAGGAAUACCGGAGGAUCAGCUGGGGCGGCUGUUCAUGCCGUUCCGGCAGGUGGACGACUCAUCGUGCCGCAAGCACGGCGGCACGGGCCUGGGUCUCUCCAUCUGUCGCUCGCUCGCGGCGCUCAUGGGGGGGUGCAUCUCCGGUGAUGGUCAUCCUAUACACUUAAACACCAACUACCACGUCAUCUUCAUGGGAGAUGGUCAUCCUAUACAACUAAACACCAACUCCAACUACCACGUCAUCUUCAUGGACUGUCAGAUGCCUGUGAUGGACGGCUUUGAAGCCACCACACACAUCCGACGGCUGCAAGCCACCCCUCACACCGCUGAAGCAGGAGGCGUUGGAGAAGCGAAGGCGGGUGAAGCAGUACAAGCAGACAAGGAUGGCACAAGGAUGGCUUCGCAGCAGCAGCAGUCUCGUUCAAAGGCGCGGCAGCGGUCGGCUAUUUAUGCGUUGACAGCGAGUGUGUUGAAGCACGAGAGGGACAAGUGUGCGCGUGCAGGGAUGGAUGGGUUCCUGGCCAAGCCCAUCCGCAUGAGAGACCUGCAGCAGGUGCUGCAAGAAGUGGUGGGUGGACGCACAUAG